UUACGACGCUCUACGGCUGUGAAGUCAGUGAAUCCAGCGACGGCUGUGGGCUGCUAACCGGACCGAAACUAUCACAGCCUGCUCUACAAGACAGCGCUGACCACGAAACCAACUGAUGUAAACGUUCAGCAUUCGACUUUGAGCUUAAAAAAACGCAGACCUUAAUAAACGAGAUAGGGGAAACUAACAAAAAACGACGAAAGAUGAUGUAGCAAGCUAACUUUAGCCAUCUGCCUCGCGCGAUACUUAAACAUGGAUUGUGACGGGUGUGGAGUGCCUUGUCCUCCGCCGGGUUUGGAUUCACACGAGGAGGAUGUCAAAGAGCCAGGGAUGCACUCUUUCGGUCACAGUCACAUGAGGAAGGCCUUUUGCCUUAUGAAUGAUUUGAGAAACCGGAGGAUGCUUUGUGAUGUUCUGCUGGUGGCGGGUGAAGUGGAAGUACCAGCACACAGAGUGGUUUUAGCAUCAUGCAGUCCUUACUUCUGUGCUAUGUUCACAGGUGAAAUGAGUGAAAGCAAGGCUCACCACAUUGAGAUCAGGGACGUUGAUGGACAGACGCUGCUGAAGCUGGUGGAUUAUAUUUACACUGCAGAGAUCGAAGUGUCUGAGGAUAAUGUUCAGGUGUUGCUCCCCGCUGCCAGCCUGCUGCAGUUGAUGGAUGUUCGGCAGGUUUGCUGUGACUUUCUGCAAGCCCAACUCCAUCCCACCAACUGCCUUGGCAUCCGAGCGUUUGCUGAUCUUCACGCCUGCAUAGGAUUGCUUAAUGUGGCUCAUUCCUAUGCUGAGCAGCACUUCACAGACGUCAUGCUUGGCGAGGAGUUCAUGGCCCUCUCAUUGCAGCAGGUGUCCUGUCUCAUCUCUAGUGACAAACUGACAGUGUCCACUGAGGAGAAGGUUUUUGAGGCUAUGAUCGAGUGGAUAAAGCACGAUAAGGAGGCACGUCUGGAGCACAUGCCAAAGCUGAUGGAACAUGUUCGGCUGCCACUGCUGUCCAGAGACUACCUAGUUCAGAUUGUGGAGGAGGAACCCUUAAUUAAAAACAACAACACAUGUAAAGAUUUUCUCAUUGAGGCGAUGAAGUAUCAUCUUUUACCUGCUGAUCAGAGGCAUCUUAUAAAGACUGACAGAACCCGGCCACGCACGCCUAUCAGUUUGCCAAAGGUGAUGAUGGUAGUAGGCGGUCAGGCUCCUAAAGCCAUCCGCAGUGUGGAGUGCUAUGACUUCCAGGAGGACCGCUGGUAUCAGGUGGCAGACUUACCCUCCAGACGCUGUCGAGCAGGUUCUCAGCAAUACUGUGCCUUUUCUUCUUUGCUUUGCUUUCUGCUCCACUUGGUCUUACCUCUCGGCGUGAACGUGCGUCCUUUAGGUGUGGUGUUUAUGGCCGGUAAGGUGUAUGCAGUUGGAGGGUUUAACGGCUCCUUGCGCGUGCGUACGGUGGACGUUUACGAUGGGUUGAGGGAUCAGUGGAGCUCUGUUCCCAGCAUGCAAGAGCGGCGCAGCACUUUGGGUGCAGCUGUAUUAGGGGACUUACUCUACGCUGUCGGGGGCUUUGACGGAAGUACAGGCCUGUUGUCAGUUGAGGCAUAUAGUCCCAAGACUAAUGAGUGGAUGUUUGUAGCUUCCAUGAACACCAGACGCAGCAGUGUCGGGGUGGGCGUAGUGGAUGGAAAGCUGUAUGCUGUUGGAGGAUAUGAUGGAGCAUCCCGUCAGUGUCUGAGUACUGUAGAGGAGUAUAAUCCAACCAGUAAUAAAUGGAGCCAUGUGGCAGACAUGAGCACCAGACGCAGCGGAGCUGGUGUUGGAGUGCUCAAUGGAAAGCUGUACGCUGCAGGUGGGCAUGAUGGUCCUCUGGUGAGGAAAAGUGUGGAGGUCUAUGACCCCUCUACUAACACCUGGAGGCAGGCGUGUGACAUGAACAUGUGCCGGAGGAAUGCAGGAGUGUGUGCCAUAGAUGGGCUGCUUUAUGUCAUCGGAGGAGACGAUGGCUCAUGCAACCUGUCUUCUGUGGAGUACUACGACCCUGCUGCUGAUAAAUGGAGCCUUAUUCCAACCAACAUGAGUAACGGCCGCAGCUAUGCAGGGGUGUCUGUUAUUGACAAGCCUUUAUGACUAAAAGUCCUGGGCAGUGGGUCCACGCACACCUGUCCAGGGAUCAGCUGUGACAGACAGACAGAUAUCUGAGGCAGAAUCUGGAAGAACCUUACCGUUUUCUAGAUCCUCGUGAACCUGCUUGAUCUUAAAGCUCAGAGCAUUACACACGCACACAGAUUCCUGAUCUCUCAAAGUCUCCAGAAAGUGCCAUUUAGCUCUGUUGUUUCUAAAAGAGUUUUACAACAAGACCUUGUUUAAAGUGACUCACUUGGACUGAAUCAGGCUGGGUAGAGUGUUUAAGGGAUUGACUGAAUGACCUAUUCCCCUCGCAGAGUGACUGGUGUGGUAAUCAGAGUGAUGUGCAGGUGAAGAUUGUGCCAACAAAGACCUCCCUGCUUGCUUUACUACUGACUUUACAAUGCUCUUAGCAAAUACACUUGCAUUGGCACUGCAGUUACUAUCACAGGCUCAAGAUGAUGUCUCAGCGUUUCAACAGUAUAAAUGCAUAUCGCACCCCUUUAACUAGAUCAGGGUUCAUACUCACAAAAGUACAAUACUCUGAUUGUAUUGCAUUCAUUUGUUUUUUGUUACAGGGUUACUUAUUUUAUGUUCGUAUUUUAAGUAUAAUGGAAACACAACCGCAAAGAAAUGAAUACUCAUUUGAAAAUGUACUUAAUAAGCUGCUUUUUGUGCCAUAAUGUAUGUAACAUCAUCAAAGAUGUUUAAACAGGAAACAUGUAAUAUAAAUCUCACAGGGUAAUGUGCCAAAUGUAACAUAGUUAUAUAGAGAAUACUAUAAUAUGUAUAUAAGCACUUGUCAUGUGGCAGUUAUGGUGUGCAGUCGUCCAUGUUGGACAUACAGAGCCUUAAUAUCUCUCUUUUAAGAGUUUCUCUUAAUUUUACAACUCUGUCUGUAUAUGCAUUUUUUUGAAAUUGCACUGGCUAGGGAAUCUAUCUGCCAAACAUAUUAGAAUCUUAGUAAAAAUUGCACUGAACUUCUUACACAACAGAGCUGGUACUUUUGCAAUGACAGGUAAACAACCUGGCAUAUGUUAAUAUUUUAUAACCACAAUUCAUUUAGAAUACACCGCUUUAUUUAUUUUAUCGUGGCAUAGGCUGAUGUACUUAAUCAUUUGAAUCUAGUCAUCAGUACAACUGGAAAUGUAAAGACUUUCAAUAGUCCUAAAAAUGAUCAUUGUACAUUUUUAACUUUAUAAAGCUUUAACUUUGUUUGCAGUGGAUCCUACCUGUUUACAAAACAUUGCUCCAUUAUUCUGCACUUAAAUUCUCUCACGGAUCUUUAAUUUGUCAAUGGACAAACAGUAUACUGAUACAACACACUAUGCAGAAAGACAGCUUUGCAAGGUUUUAACAUUAGGAGGCAAGAAUGUUCCCAGGAGCUUCUUUUGCAUUUGGGCUGGUGUAACUGCUGCCACUAACUUUGAUGUUUUUAUAAAUCAUAAUCGUAACAUUAAAACAAAUAAUAAUGACA